GGUACACUUUUAUGUCAGAUUAAUUUUAACGCUUGCCAAAACAAGAUCGAAAUCACAGUAGAGUGUACACCAAAAAGAAUGUUGUGAAUGAAUAUUAGAAACUCAUAGUUUAUACUCGUACAUACAUAUGUAUAUUAACCGCAUCGAUAAGUGAUAUGCGAAGAAAAAUUUAUUUUAAGACGCGAUAGUGUUGAAUUUCACCAUAAUUAUAAAUAUUGAUAAAUAGCGUUGCUGUCUACUACAUUUACUUAACACUUUAAAACCUGAGUUUAUCACUCACAAAUCAAAGCGCACACAAACACAAACACAAGCAAAAGCACAAUGUUAGAUGAGAAACUAAAUGGUGAUAUGGAAAAAACCGCACAUACGAAUGAAGAGGACGAGUAUGAUGAAUCCGAGGAAAAUGAUCCCUUUCAAAAGAUCAUGGAACGUGCCGGCAAUCACGGACGCUUCCAACUCAUCUACAAUUUGACAUUCGUGCUAGGUUUAGCCGCUGCCGGCUCUAUGGUAUAUAUGAAUGUUAUUUUGGCGCUUGACAUACCCGAUCACUGGUGUACGGUGCCGGGUCGGGAGCUUACUAACUACACGAUGGAUGAGUGGCGACAUUUGACGUUGCCAAUGCAAACGGAUAAUCGCGGCACCAGCAAGCACAGUCGAUGUGAGAUGUAUAAUGCAAAUUUUACGGAAAUCAACGAUUGGCUGCAUUGGAAUAAAAGCGAGUCAAAUGUAACAGUUUGCCAACAUGGCUGGAGUUAUGAUCGGACAUGGUAUGAAGACACUAUAACCACCAAGGAGGACUGGGUAUGCGCCAAGGAUUUAUAUGUAACAAAUACAUUUGUAGUGGGACGUGUGACAGAAGUCGUCGGAUCAUUUGUGCUGGGACAAAUGGGUGACGCAUAUGGACGUCGCAUUGUUUACUACAUCAGCAUUGCAUUCUGCGCAUUGGGACGGUCAUUCUCCAUUAUAACAACCAACUACUACUGGGUGUUCCUCUUCUGCACGGGCUUAACUGGUCUUGCGGCGAACAGUUUGUUUCAGGCGCCACAGAUUGUCGGCAUGGAAAUAUCGAGAGAACAGGACCGCAGUAUCAUCGCAAUCUACCAGAGUAUUGGCUGGUCUAUUGGAACAUCAUUGAUGCCAUUGCUCUUCUGGUGGCUACGUGAUUGGGUCGUCUUUAUGUGGCUAACAACAGUACCGACAGCAAUAAUUUUAAUUUUCUUCAAAUACGUCAUUGAAUCACCUCGCUGGCUGAUUAGCAAACACCGUUAUCGGGACGCGAUCACGCAAUUUAAGAAAAUUGCAAAAAUAAAUGGCCGCCAAUUUGACUUGACCGAGAAGGAGUUGGUGCAGCUGUACGCCAAUAAGCAAGCGGACGAGGUGACAUACGGCAUGGCGUCGCUCUUCAGUGGUUGGCAUCUGACGCGGAACACAAGCAUUAUGGGCUUCAGUUGGUGUGUGGUGGCAGUCUCCUACUUCACACUGGUUCUAUUCAGCACACGCAUGGGUGGUAAUCCGUUCCUUAAUUUUCUGCUACAAAGUGUGGUGGAAAUACCUGCGUAUGUGGUAGCCAGAUACCUGGGCGAUACCUAUGGACGACGCUUUACAAACAGCUCAUCAUUCCUUCUCUCGUUCCUCGCUUGCAUACCGUUAAUCAUUUUAGCACCAGAUGUUAAAUAUGAGCGGAUAAUGGUUGGUUUGGCCACCUUCAUUAAGUUUCUCAAUGCGUUGACCUUCUUCAUGGUCAACUUGCAAAGCAUGGAAAUAUAUCCGACCUGCAUGAGACAGACCGGCAUAGCGCUGGGCACGAUUUUGGCCAACGCAGUGGGUAUUUUCGCACCAUACCUUGUUUACUUGGGCACGACCGUCGAUAUAAGAGCGCCCUAUUACAUAUUGGGCACUUUGUUUCUGAUUGGUGGCAUUGGUGCGACAUUCCUGCCUGAGACACUGCAUAAGAAACUGCCCGACACCAUGGAGGAAGCGAGACAUUUCGGCAAGCAUGAUAAAUUCUUCAGUUUACCCAAAGCACCGCCGAAAGUGGCGAAAGCGCCAACUGCGGAAGAAGUACACCUCAACCAAACAAAGUUUGCUCCGUGAAGCUGCUGGUGGGAUUAGUAACACGUGUCGGGGUUUGUUGCACUGUUUAGGAAAAUAUGAAUUUACUUUGUUAGAAUAUUUCAGUAUUUUAGUAUUUGUAUCAAAUGAGCAGCUGUGUGUUGUGUGACUUUAAGUUAGUCUUAUUGAUAAUAAAUUUUAAGUACGUGAUUGCA